UUGAAAAUACAAAUUUUUUUAUUAUUAAAUUUCACCCUGUCCAGUGUCCCUGACCCGCCGCUUGAGGCUACCAAUAGACACUACCAAGGACAAGGAGGCGGCGGCUGCGGCUCCGCUCUGUUCCUAUUUUCUCCUUAACCCACCCUCUGAAAAUCGUCGAAUUCCUUCUCUGCUCAAGAAUUUUCCUCAUGGGUAUUCAUCAAAUGUACUUCAAAUUCAAUUGCCUCGCAAAUGGAUUGGUAGACUCGGUACUGGACUUGGCUGCUUAACCUUUUUUCUCUUUCUUGGACAUGUCUGUCAAAUUCGCUUCUUUUUCUUGCUCGCUUCCUUCUCUUCCUUCACCUUCUGACACCCGGAGAAGCUUACAGCUGAGUUUGUCACAAGGAUUAUAUGGUAGCCAGCAACAUAAUUUCCAGAGGCUAACAUUUGCUAAAGUUGAAUCAAUCAAGUUAGUGCAUGGAUCGCUGAAGUCUUGGAGAGGAUUCCCAAAGAGGCAAAAUGUUCUCUCUGCUAUUUCAGAGGACCAGUCGACUCUAUGCAGCGAGUUAGUUGAUCCAGAGCAAGUAAAUCAGCAUCCCACUGAUGAAGAUAUCUCUCUUGAGAACAAUUCCUUUUUAUAUUAUGAGGGUACUGGUGGGAAACCCGGGUUUAUCUCAUUUUACAACCAUUCUUAUAAAGAAGGAAAUCGGGUUCCUUUGUCUAGCACACAAAGAAAUGAAUACAAUUUCUUAUGGUUUGUUGGUCCUGCUGUCCUCGUAGCCUCUUUCAUUUUCCCCUCUCUUUAUCUGCGGAAAAUACUUUCAAAUAUUUUUGAGGACUCUCUGCUGACAGACUUCCUUAUAUUGUUCUUCACGGAAGCACUGUUCUAUUGUGGUGUUGCGGUGUUUCUUUUCUUAAUAGACUGUUCAAGGAGGCCUACUGAACCCGAUACUGUGAAAAACUAUUAUGAAACCCUGUCUAAUCAAUUUGGACAGAGGAUCUCUUCUGUAGCCACCUUAGUACUCAGUUUAAUAAUACCUAUGGUCACUAUGGGAUUAGUGUGGCCAUGGACCGGCCCUGCGGCAUCUGCAACUCUUGCACCUUACCUUGUUGGCAUUGUUGUCCAAUUUGCAUUUGAACAGUAUGCACGGCGCAAGAAAUCGCCUUCAUGGCCUGUAAUUCCAGUUGUCUUUCAAGUUUAUAGAUUGCAUCAACUCAAUAGAGCAGCUCAACUGGUGACAGCACUAUCAUUUACCAUAAAAGGAGCUGAAAUGACCCCACACAACUUGGCAAUAAACAGCUCUCUAGGUACUCUGUUGAAUGUUCUUCAAGGUCUCGGGAUAAUAUGCAUUUGGUCUCUCUCCAGCUUUCUUAUGAGGUAUUUCCCGUCAAAUGCUACGACGAUGCAAUGAAUGCUAUGAUGAUUAGUGAGUUCAAAAGGACCAAACUGCAGUGAACAUAAUAAAUUGUGGACCUGAUUUUCUGUGCUCGUUCUUCUGCUACACCGCUGUCGAUGAAUUGAAUGUCCAUUGAAACAUAUUGCUCUGUGACUGCAAGUUGAAAUGCUAAUGUGGGAACUUGUGGAUGAUGAUGAUAUGAUAAAGAGAGAAUGAAAGAUUGAAGAAGAUGGUGAAUGUUCCUGUGCUUUUUAUACUGUUUCUUUUCCUUUGAACGAACAGGCUUCUUAUGGUUUGCAGAAAGAAGAAAAUUUUUAGUACCCCCUUCUCUUCUUCAUUCAGACCCCGUUUGGAACAAUUCACAACGCUUCAUAUUUGUGAAAUCGUGUUAGGAACUUCAUUUUGGAUGUGAGGAUGGAAUGUGAGCGUAUUGUUGUGUUUCAUGAAAAGUAACGGUCUAUGUUCUUUAUAUAGAGUUUAACAUGUGAGAAUGAGAAUUCGAAAUUCCGACUUACCUUUUGGUUGAAGAUAUAUGCUUUAGCUCAUGUUGAUAA